AUGGCUCAGUUCCUGCGAGGAAAGCAAGCUGGUAUCCAGAAGGACCUGUCCGAGGGCUUGUCCCCGGACUUAUUCCUCCUGGACGAUUUCGCACGAUGCGGUGUGAAUUCGCAGAUUAGUGCCAUCGCAUACGAUCCCAUACAGUCCCUCAUCGCGGUCGGCACCAGCGAUACCCAAUUCGGAAGCGGGCAGAUCUAUGUCUUUGGGCAACGACGGGUUUCGGUGGUCUUUGAGUUCCCGCGCAAGGCGUCCGCCAGGUUCAUUCAGUUUUGCGCCGACAAGCUGAUAAGCAUCGACUCCAAGAAUGAAAUCUGCGUAUACUCCUUGGUGACUGGACGCAUGGUGGUUUCCUAUGCGCCACCGGGCCAGGUGACUGCCUUGUUAACAGACCCGUGCUUGGAUUAUGCGUUUAUCGGCAUGCAGAAUGGUGAAAUUAUUGCGUACGAUCUUGAUCGAGAGUCCUUGACGCCGUUCAAAGUUCCGAACUUGUGGUUGGAACGAAACCCUCGCGCGCGGUUCUUCCCUGUCGUGUCUCUGGAGUUCUCUCCCCGAGACAUUGGCAAGAUUCUAGUGGGGUAUCCAGAGGGAGCAGUGACAUUUACAUUCAAGCAAAAUAUCGCUCAAAAGUACUUUGUCUACGAAAUCCCUCCUGGGGCACCGGGUGGAGACACCCUACCGUCCCACGAUGUGCGCAGACCCAAAUUAACCAAAGCGAUCUGGCACCCCAACGGAAUCUUCAUUUUGACAGUUCACGAUGACUCAAGUUUGGUGCUCUGGGAUACAAAGGAUGGCCGUAAGCUUCACGCCCGAACUGUCCAGACACCCAAUGUCGACCAACCAGGUGCUGGUGGCAGACCGGGCUCACCUGGAGGGGCUGCUGGACUCAAAGAGCCAAUCACAAAGGUUAUUUGGUGCACCAAAGCUAACCCGGAUGACACUGGUCUUUUGGUGGCUGGUGGUCGACCAGUAGGUGAUCAGACCAAGGGCCUUGUUUUCCUGGACAUGGGCCCAACCCCCAACUAUCAGACCUCCUCCUGGCAAAUCCUGUCUACUUACCUCGAGCGGCCACGACGACAAAUAAACCUCUCCGUCCCACCUGGAGCUAAGGUUGUCGACCUUUGCCUCAUCCCCCGAUCCUCGCCCUACUUCAAUGGCGCCCAUGAUCCAAUUGCACUUAUCGCUAUGCUAUCCUCGGGUGAAAUCAUUUCCCUGAGUUUCCCCAGCGGACACGCAAUCACUCCUACUAACAUGCUUCAUCCGUUCCUCACUUUCGUCCAUCCCUUUGUAAACAAAGCUGUGCUUACUCCCGUUGAUCGGUCGGUGUGGCUUGGUCUGAGAGAGCGCCGGCUGCAGGGACCCAAAUUUGCGAUGGGCGGCGUAGAAGCGAAGAACCCUCUCAAGCGCUUUGAGAACCGCAAUGUCAUCUCGACCGCACAUGCAGAUGGAACCGUCCGUGUCUGGGACUGUGGGCACGAUGAUGAAAUUGAGAACGGCGACGUGGUUCAAGUUGAUCUUGCCCGUGCCAUAGGGCGAGUCAGCAAUAUCGAAGUGACCGAAAUGUCUCUCGCCAGCGGCUCAGGCGAGAUGUCUAUUGGACUCAGGACCGGAGAGCUUGCUGUCUUCCGAUGGGGCAAUAACCCCUCAUAUGGAAAUGAGGAGUCUCCCGGUGCUAAUCAAGGGCCAGGGAAGCUGACCCCGAUAACCAAGCGAACCGACCCUGGUCUCAAGACGGGAAUGCUACCUCUGACUCUUUUGGAUAUGCAACAAGGUCCGGUGACAGCGUUGAAGCAUGGGCAGGUUGGAUUUGUAGCGGCGGGUUACCAAAGUGGUACCUUGGUGAUUAUUGACCUACGCGGGCCUGCCAUCAUACAUACCGCACAUAUGUCAGAUCUCAAGGGACAGAAGCGGAGUGGUUUCCGCAAGCACCGUGGCUCGGACGAAGUCCAACCAGAAUGGCCCACUCAGAUUGAAUUUGGUGUGAUGACUUUGGAUGGCGAAGACUACUCAAGCAUUUGCUGCUUCGUCGGCACGAAUAAGGGCAAUGUGGCAACAUUUAAGAUCCUCCCUGGUUCCAAUGGCACCUACGAAGCUGCCUUUGCUGGAUCAUCGGCCGUUGAAGACAAAGUGAUCAAUGUCAUCCCCAUCGAUGCCGAAUCUGGUGGUCUUGCUUUGGCUACACCAAGUGCAGUCGGAGGCUUGAGGAAUGGUACGAAAAUCAACGGAGUGGUCAUUGCCGUGACUGCCUCUGGCUGUCGAAUCUUCAAACCCCCAAUAUCAAAGGGUGCCCACAAGACAUGGGAUGACUAUCUCUGCGACUCAGCAGCCGUCGUCAAGACUGAAGGACGAGGCUACAGUUUGGUUGGUCUCUUCGGUGACGGCCACGCGCGAGCAUUCUCGAUCCCCUCUCUUCGAGAUAUUGGUUGCACCAAGAUUAAUCAUAUUGCGGACAUGCGACGCCUCUCGGAAGCUUGCAUCACCCCUACUGGAAAUAUCAUGACAUGGGUCGGCCCUUCAGAAGUCGGAAUGUUCAAUGUCUGGGGAGGUGGACACGGACUACACCCUUCAAAAGACAAACUUUUCAACCCAGAAGCCGUGGUUCCCCCGCGUCCUACGAUCACGAACGUCCAAUGGAUCUCCGGUACACAAUAUAUUUCACCGGCUGACAUGGACAUUCUAAUCGGCGGUCCAGAGCGACCACCAUCGAAGGAGAUGGUCGAACAAAUGAAAUCCGAAGACCAAGAACGUCGGAAAGCCCUAAAAGAAGGACGGACCCCAUCGGCACCUGUACAGGGUAGCAGCCAGGAAGGCUACUGGUCUUACAUGUCGCGUCAAGUCCAAGAACGCACGGAGCGUCUCGGGAUCGUCGGAGAUAGCAUGGACAGGCUAGAGGAGAACAGCAGCGGCUUUGCUAGCGAUGUUGGCAAAUACGUACAGUCACAAAAGAAGAAAGCUGUCUUGGGCGCGCUUGGUUCCAAGUUUGGCUUUUAA